AUGUUUGGAAUACUUCUGGCAAGCAUUGUGCUGUGUGCCAUAUUCGCGAGGGCCGUCCUCGUCCCUUUGAUCACCUACUGGCAGGAUCCUAAAGGGUUGCGUCGGUUUCCCAGCGUCUCGUGCGCUGCUUUCACAAAUCUCUGGGGUGUGGUGCAUCAGUAUCGCUCGACUCGGACACUUGCGAUCCAUCAAGCACAUCUCAAGCUUGGAAGCACCGUCCGCGUCGGGCCCACCCACGUUUCAUUCUCGACAUUUGAUGCUGUCAAGGACAUGUACGGGCACGGCACGCCUGCCAUCAAGGAUAAUUUCUACGGAGCGUUCGUGUCCACACAUCUCAAUGUCUCGGACGCUCAAGAGAAGGCCGUCCACAAUGUCAAGAGGAAGAGGUUUGCUACGGCAUUUGCCCAAAAGAACAUUGUGGAAUUGGAAACCGUCUUUUCUCGGCACCUCAGUCAAUUGAUCCAUCUCCUAGACAAGACGAGCGAUACUACCACUGCCAAUAGUGGCCUGGAGGGGGUGGUGGACAUGAAGAGCAUGAUGCUCGGCCUGAUGUACGACUCAAUCAGCGUACUCCUUUUCGGAGUCAAUCCGGGCUUCUUGGAAAGAGGCUCAACGACCACCACCGCCGAGACCAUCCGGGGAAAGCUCUACCAGGCCGACAUCCACAAGUCGCUCUGUGGAUCUCUGCGUGUGUCCACGGCACUUGGCUGGGCACCACAGUCGAUACCGUUCAUCAAAUCUCUCACCAGUUGGCACGACGAGUGGCAGCACGGCAACCAGCUCCGCGACAUUACGAUCCAUCUGACGAGGAAAAGGCUACUAGCGGAAACCGAUCGGACCCAACGCGGCCUGAAGCCCAUCGACGACUUUAUGAGCGCCCUGCUCUGGGACAAGAAGUCUCAGGAGCCGUUGUGCCUUGAAUUCGGCGAGAUCCUGACCGAAGCUCAGAAUCUGUUCAAUGCCGCCGGGGAAAACACCGAGAUCGCUCUGACAAAUAUCAUCUGGCUACUGGCGAAAAGUCCACACGCCGUCAAGAGACUCCGCGAGGAGUUGCAACCAGCCUUUGAGAACGCAGGAGACGGGUUGGCUCUGCCCAGUUACCAUGACAUCCAGCACCUGCCUUACCUCCGGGCAUGCAUCGACGAGGGCAUCCGACUCAGACCAUCCCUCCCCGUCGGCUUGCCCAGGUUGAUCCCGCCUGGUGGCAUGCAGAUUUCUGGAGAGUGGUUCGACGAAGGCACCACCGUGUCGGUGUCAACCUACACCCUGCACAGGGACGAGAAGAUAUUUGGAGAAGCUGCAGAUGAGUAUCGACCCGAGCGUUGGCUGGACAAUAACAGCAUACAACGAGCGUUUCUGGGCUUUUCGCAGGGUGGCCGAGCGUGUAUUGGGAGGAAUAUCGCCUACUUUGAGAUGUCCCUGACCAUUGCCACACUCUUCUGGAGAUAUGACUUUGAACUCUCCUCCCCGGAUUGGGAAUUGCCAACCAUUGAGACGUUGAGUGGUCAUACGGGUCCAUUGCCCGUUCGUAUCACCAGGAGGGCUGUGUAG